GGAUCAAGGUAAGAUGGCGGCGCACUGAGGGGAACGUGGGGGCUCCGGUCCCUCCGCUCCCCGCCGCUCCCCGGUGCCUUCCCCUGGCAGUUCUGACGUGCGUUCUCCCCUCAGAGCCUCGGAGAUGUCGCUCCGCGCCGUGCUCAGGGCUGCCGCCUCACUGCCCCGCUACACUCCGGGGCUGCUCCUCCCGCCGCCGCCGCCCCCUCCUCCAUGCGCCGCCAUGGCCACGCUGAACCAGAUGCACCGGCAGGGCCGCCCCGCGCCCCCUCCCCGCAAACUGGGGCCCACCCUGGGCCGCCCCCAGAUCAAGGGCGUGGUGCUGAGGAACCUGAUCCGAAAGCCCAAGAAGCCGAACUCGGCGAACCGCCGCUGCGUGCGGGUGCGGCUCAGCACCGGCCGCGAGGUCAUCGCCUUCGUGCCCGGCGAGGGCCACAACCUUCAGGAGCACCACAUCGUGCUGGUGCAGGGCGGGCGCACCCAGGACCUGCCCGGCAUCAAACUCACCGUGGUGCGGGGGAAGUACGACUGCGCCCACGUGCAGGCCAAGAAAUGAGGGGGGGUGGUCCUGGGAGCGCGCCUCAGCCCAGGAAGGGUCUCCACACGCUGGUCCUGGGUGGUGUUGGCAUUAAAAGUUGGUGGUGA